AGUGGACGUGAGAUUCACAAAGCCGCACUGCGUGUGUUUUCCUGCGUGAGCCGCUGUAUAGAGACUCAAAGUGGCGCUACAGCCGAGCGGCAGUGCGAAGAAAAUGGCUUCGAGAAAUCGGGCGUUAAAAGCGACACAAACGGGACUUGUUACACGUCUGUAACGCACGAUCUCAGAUGAUCGUAAACCGUGUGCCGGCUGUAAACCCAAGGAAUGAGAGACGCAGUUUCACCGACUCACCAGGAGGGGGCGAUGAGGAUGGGACCCUGGACCGGGCCGCACAUCAAAUCAAGUAGCUAGGAUUGUGGCGGGAAUCAGAAGAUGCUGCUGCUCUGAGAUUUGGGAAAUUGUCCGUUUUGAACUGGAUGGUUAUUUUCCGCGGCGGCGCGCAGCUAAUUAAAGACGCUCGAUCUUGACGGCUUUUCCCUCCUUACGAACAUAUCACCCCUCCUCCUCCUCCUCCUCUUCCCCCUUUCCCCCUGUUGUGCUUGACGUUUUGGUGGCUGUGUGGAUUGUAUGGCAGCGGCGUAACCGUGGAGAGGCCGGGGUAUCACAAGCUUAUGGAUUUUGAUAAGAGAGGUGGAGGAGGAGGUGGUGGUGGAGGAGGAGGAGGGAGAGGGGAAGCGGAAGAAGGGAAGAAGAUGUCGAAGACCGGAGGGAGCAGGUCCGGUCACACCGGGCGCACCUCUGCGCCCAAUUCGGGCGUACUCAUGGUCGGACCAAACUUCCGCGUGGGGAAGAAGAUCGGAUGUGGGAAUUUUGGUGAGCUUCGGCUCGGGAAGAACCUUUACACCAACGAAUACGUAGCCAUAAAACUGGAGCCGAUCAAAUCCCGAGCGCCGCAACUGCAUCUGGAGUACAGGUUCUACAAACAGCUCGGUAACACGGAGGGUGUUCCUCAGGUGUACUAUUUUGGUCCAUGUGGGAAAUACAACGCCAUGGUGCUGGAGCUGCUGGGCCCCAGUCUAGAGGAUCUAUUCGACCUCUGUGACCGAACCUUCUCCCUCAAGACUGUGCUCAUGAUCGCCAUUCAACUGAUAACACGGAUGGAGUUCGUUCACACCCGCAGUCUGAUCUACAGGGACGUGAAGCCAGAGAACUUCCUCGUGGGCCGACCAGGCAGCCAACGGCAGCACACCAUCCACAUCAUCGACUUCGGCCUGGCCAAAGAGUACAUCGACCCCGAGACCAAAAAACACAUCCCUUACCGAGAACACAAGAGCCUGACGGGCACGGCGCGCUACAUGAGCAUCAACACACACCUGGGCAAAGAACAGAGCAGGCGGGACGACUUGGAGGCUCUGGGUCACAUGUUCAUGUAUUUUCUGCGAGGCAGUUUGCCGUGGCAAGGCCUGAAGGCCGACACAUUGAAAGAGCGAUAUCAGAAAAUAGGAGACACCAAAAGAGCGACUCCUAUUGAAGUGCUUUGUGAGAGCUUCCCAGAAGAGAUGGCCACGUACCUGCGCUACGUCAGGAGGCUGGACUUCUUCGAGAAACCGGAUUACGACUACUUGCGCAAACUCUUCACGGACCUCUUCGACAGGAACGGUUACAUCUUCGACUACGAGUACGACUGGGUCGGAAAAACUCUGCCGACCCCAAUAGGACCGGUUUCCACUGAUACACCGCUCCAGUCCAACAGCAGAGAUAAAGCACAGCAGCAGACCAAAAACCAGGUCAUGAGUUCUACCAACGGUGAGGUGAACACGGAUGAUCCCACAGCAGGGCACUCCAACGCUCCUAUCACCGCUCCUGCUGAGGUCGAGGUUGCCGACGAUACAAAGUGCUGCUGUUUUUUUAAGCGGAGGAAGAGGAAAGGCCUGCAGCGGCACAAGUGAAGAAGGGUGGAGAGGAGGGAGAGAAAGGGGACUGGAGCGUGGAUCGCUCCGUGAGUGUGUGUGUGUGUGUGUGUAAGAGUGUGUGAGAGAUACUUGUCAGAUCUGAAGACUCUGAACUGCCACUUGCGAAUGUACAAACACCCAAGACGCAGAGAGACUGACUGAGUGAGACGCGCGCGCGCGCAUGUGUGUGUGUGUGUGUGUGUGUGUGUGUGUGUGUGAGAGCAGAAAACGUGACGGCAGACGGACGGACGGUAGAUCACAUUAUCAGAGGACUUAAAGCAACUGUUUAAACGCUGAGUGUUUAAUUUUACAGGAUGAAAGUACGAGCCUGAUUGUGAGAGGACUACAGACUGUGAUGUCAGGAAACGCAAACCAGAAUCACUCUGCUUAUGUACAUUGUGUGGGUUUGGGUUAGUUUUCUUUUGUUUGUUUGUUUGUUUAUUUUUAAUGUAAUUUAAAAUGAAGUUGUUUUGUUGCUCUGCUGUCUCUGAGUUGAACUGUUUUUUAUUCGUGUUGUCCUGUUUUUUUUUUUUGUUUUUUUGUUUUUUCUCGCUCUUUCUUUCUUUCUUUCUUUCUUUCUUUUCUUUUCUUUUCGGUUUUUUAAUGCUCAUGUCCUUUCUAUUUUUUUUCUGUCAACAUGGAUGAUGUAGCACAGUGCUGGACUCAGGUAGUGUGGCAGACAGAGAGAAAGACACAGCCUGCGUCUUAAUACUGUUUCACACACACACACACACACACACACACACACACCAUGUACUGAGUGUGUCCAAACUGUGGUUUGCUUAUCAGGAAGAACAACAUGGCUGAAACGGGUUUUUCAGAAAGGUGUAUUUUUUUUUUUUUUUUUUUUCUUCCCCUCCCCUUAAAUAUAAAAACACAUGUGCACACGGUCACACACAGUCACACACGGUUGUUUUACAGAAGUCUGAUGAGGAAGUGCAUUUUUCUGUCCUGGAACUUGGUGGUUGUUGUUUUUAGAAUCACAAAAGCAUUUUAGGUUGCAAAUAUCUGCAUACGGUUAAAGAGCAGCAGUGCAGCUAACUGUAUCUGGCUACUUUAGGACGUUACCUUCAUUAGGCUCUGAAAUUCUUGUUGGUUUAUCCAACAACUACAUUCCAAAUAGACUCGUGAGGUUAAACCACAGAUACCCAGCAUACUGCAUGAUAACCUUAUCCAGCUAACUUUAUCUAGAUAUAAACAGCUACAUUAGUUAUCUGGCUAACUAUUUUAUUUAGUUCAUUUUAUCUCCACCGCCAGCUGGCAGUUUCUCAUUAGCUCGUACUACAACUACAACCAAAUAUAUGCACAAGAUUAAGUGGUAGCUUUCUGGCUAACGUCAGCCAGCUAAACUUAUCCAGUUAACUUUCCUGUCUAACUUUUUAAAUAGAUGUGUAUUUCUCAGCCAAAAUCCACCUGUUUUCAUCCAGCUAGCUACACUGUUCCUGCUACAACCAAAUAGACACAUAAGGAUAAACUAAUUUAGUCAACUUUAUCGACAUGUUGAUUUUUAUCAGUUUAUAUGUUCAGAGUUAUGUCUUCAAAUGUCCUUGGCUGUUCAUCGUUUUAGCUUCAUUUGGGACCUCGAGAAGAAGAAUAAUUGGUGAGCUAACAGGGCAGCAACACAAUAACAACACUAAUCCUGCCUUCACAUGCGUGCGGCAUUUUCAGCUAAUUUUUAAUAAGCUUCUAUCAACAGUAACUUAAUGUCCAAUCAGUUUGUAUAGAAUUGAGCAAACUCUGUUUCUAAAUGCUGCUUGCUAGUGUGGAAAAAAAAAGCUAGGUAAAUCCAGCAGGAUCGUUACCAGAUAAACAUUAGCGUGUGAGCUAGCAUAGCGUCUGAAAGCUUUAUUCUGUAAUCGUCAUACAUUUUUGUGAUCUCAAGCUAAAAGGACAGACGUGGACUUUUUUCCCCCUUCCAUGUUAACAUUCUGGUAUAUAAUUCUUAUUCGUAUAAAAUAGAAAUGUAUUUAUUCGUCUUUCCGCUCAGACCUGUGUAGAAUCUCUACCUCUAGUUAGCAUAGUUUUCCUCUAGAUAACACAACUUUCUUACCUUUACCUCAUUCUGCUAAUUGAUUAGCACACCAGCUAUCACACUACUUCUCCAGUAGAAUUAGGUAAAAUUUAGGAUGUUCUACUAACUAGAGGGGGCACGGUGGUUUAGUGGUUAGCAUGUUCGCCUCACACCUCCAGGGUCCACCACCUUGUGUGUGUGUGGAGUUUACAUGUUCUCCCCGUGCCUCGGGGGUUUCCUCCGGGUACUCCAGUUUCCUCCCCCGGUCCAAAGACAUGCAUGGUAGGUUGAGUGGCAUCUCUGGAAAAUUGUCCAUAGUGUGUGAUUGUGUGAGUGAAUGAGAGUGUGUGUGUGUGUGCCCUGUGAUGGGUUGGCACUCCGUCCAGGGUGUAUCCUGCCUUGAUGCCCGAUGACGCCUGAGAUAGGCACAGGCUCCCCGUGACCCGAGGUAGUUCGGAUAAGCGGUAGAAGAUGAGUGAGUGAGUGAGUGAGAGUACUAACUAAAGUUUGACUUUGCUAAUUUAAAUGUAGUCAGCUAACUCGAAAGCUAAACCUUUGGGGAGGGGGUUGGAAAGAUAAUCCUACCGCUAAACCCGCAUCUAAAAAGAGGCAGAUUUUUACAUUUUGUAUAAUAUAUGUAUAUUUUUUUUAAACAUGAAGCAUUAUAUUGCUUGUUUACGUUUCUUUGUCUUUCUUAAAGACGGCCGUGGCGUUUCAUACGAAACACGAACGGUCGUGUAUUUAUCAGGCUAGCUAGCGUGCUAACUAGCAUAACUAUGAAGCUAAGCUAAUUUCGUAAACACAUGGAGUCCCAAAAUGAACUUUUACAUUUUGAGAGAAAUCAUUUCCUCAAAUUUAAAUAGAUAAAGGACAUUAAUUUUAGCUAGCUAGCUUAGCUUCUGGGUGAGGAAUUAGCCGAACAAUCGAUUUGCCGCUUCACGAUUACUGAUUAAUUUAUUUUACGUGUCUGUGCGUCCUCAUCGGAACGACUUGUAUUACUGUACCAAAGCUAAUUAUUCACCAUGUUAGCACAAUACACUUCUUUAUUUUUUAAUAAUACUCCAAGAAGCGCAACCCAAUUUCAUGUAUCCUCAUUUAAUUCCUCAGCAGUGUUUUAUUAUUUUUUUUCUUUAUUUUUUGCUCCUGUUUAAUAAUUACAGCUGAAGCAAGACGAGAAGUGUGUCGGAAACAGUAUUGACGCAGGUCUGUCAUCUCUCUUCUUGUAAACUGCACUUUUGUGGGUAAAAGGAAAAACAUAUAUAUAACACUGACAUUUAUGACCGUGAUCACAGAGUAAAUCGUUUCUACACCCGAUUUGUCUCUGCUGAAAGGACAAACGUGACGCUCGGCGGUUUUGCCCCCGAGCCGGAAUCAGAAGGACGUCUGGUGUUUAUGAAAUAGUUUGUGCCUUUCUAAGUGGAACGUUGAACACGUCACUCUCGGUGGUUCGUCCUCGGCGGUUUUUGUCUCAUGAGUUUAUUAAGAGAAACGGAGGAAGUGUAUCAGAGUGAGAAUGUACGAGACGUUACAUACAUAUUAAAUGUCCUUUCUUCCCCGACUCACGCAACGAUAUUUAUUCAGGAUCAGAUAUUUAUUUCAGCAUUGCUCAGGUUCAUAUAAACAUGGCAACCAAUGAAUGAUCAAUAAGGCUACUUGCAGGGUUGAACUUUUUUCUUUUCUUUCUUUCUUUUUUUUUCAAGAUCCAAGCUGUUACAAAUCCUUUUCUUUUUUUAUUUUAAUUGUAUUGCUGUGUUGGACGUUUAGGUUAAAUUCCAGCUGGCUGAUGGUAAUUAUAAUCAUUUACAAAUCGACUACGAUCGCCCCGCCCCUUCGUAUACCCCGUCCCUUCAUUCACCCCUCCCCAACCUCGGAGUGUUGUCAUGGUAACCAUCGAUCGUUCUAGUUUGAUGAAAUUUUCUCCCUUUUUCUCUGCACUUCUAAAACUUUUGUCUGAAUCUCAAACGUAAUUUUAAAACUACUUAUUCGGCCUCGGACACGGUUUAUAACCUGCUCAGCUCACAGCGAAGCUCCAUCGUCCAGCAUCAUCGUGCACGCCCACAUGGUCCCCAGGAUCGCUGCUGAUCGGUGGAAGCGGAGACGAAGAAGCAGAGGAGAAAGUGCACAGCUGAAGUAUUUUACUUUCAUAUGUCAGUAAUCCAGAAGUUAAAUUAAAAACGUUUUAGUUUGAUUUAUUCUGUGAUAACUAAAUGCCUCAUAAAUAAAGACUUUUAUAAUAUA